AUGGGUUUUGAUCAAAUCAAGGGACUUUAUUCUAAUGGUUUUGAUUUUGGAAAGGAUUUUGCAGAAUCUGGCUGGGAUGAUCAUUUGCCGCGCAAAGAAUUUCCCUAUAGCAACAGUUAUCAUGCUAGCAAUCAGAUGGCGCCGUUCGAGGCUCUAUAUGGUAGGAGACGUGGAUAUCCUAUUCGGUGGUUCGAGAUUGGGGAAGAAGAAUUGAUAGGACCAAACCUCGUGCAUCAGGCUAUGGAGAAGGUUAAGGGAAUUGGAGUUCAAAGAGGAAGAUUGGGUAUUCUUGAAGGAUUCCCUCAUGAAGGGUAUAGUGCGGUGUGGUACGAAAGGGAAAUUGGGUCUGGGAAGGUAGUUGGAGACUCGACACUCAUUGUUCCGGUUGAGACUCUUGAGGUUAAUAAGGAUUUGACUUAUGAAAAAUUUCCAGUUGCAAUUCUUGAUAGGCAAGUCCGAAAGCUGAGCAAUAAAGAAAUUACCUCCAUGAAGGUGCUAUGGCGAAACCAACAGGUUGAAGAGGCCACCCAGGAGGCUGAGGAAGAGACGAAGAAGAAGUGCCCCCAUUUGUUUGAGUAA